UUACAUCUUCAGAUGGUCACAAAUUAAAAUACAAAGAAGAAGAAAGGCACCUCCUCUAAGGUCAGAGUUCACCUGCUAGCCUGUCACAACAAACCAGCUAGCAUUGUAGCUAACAUCAUCCGAAAAGACUAUUUACUGUCAAAAUGGAUGUAAAUCAAGCGAAACAGGAACACCUACUCGCUUUAAAAGUGAUGAGGUUAACGAAACCGACGCUCUUCACAAAUUUGCCAGUGACAUGUGAAGAACGAGAUCUGCCAGGGGAUAUAUUUGGACAGCUUAUGAAGGAGGACCCGUCCACUGUCAAAGGAGCAGAGAUUUUAAUGCUCGGAGAGAUGCUUACGUUACCACAGAACUUUGGAAAUAUUUUCCUCGGUGAGACCUUCUCCAGUUACAUAAGUGUGCACAAUGACAGCAACCAAGUUGUGAAGGACAUUCUUGUGAAGGCUGAUCUACAAACCAGCUCACAGAGGCUCAACCUCUCUGCUUCAAACUCUGCAGUAGCAGAACUCAAACCCGAAUGCUGCAUUGAUGAUGUUAUCCACCAUGAAGUCAAAGAAAUUGGAACACAUAUCUUAGUUUGUGCCGUCAGUUACACCACUCAGUACGGGGAGAAACUCUAUUUUCGGAAGUUCUUCAAAUUCCAGGUCUUGAAGCCGUUGGAUGUGAAGACAAAGUUCUACAACGCAGAGAGUGACCUCAGUUCUGUGACAGAUGAAGUGUUCCUGGAGGCUCAGAUCCAGAACAUCACCACCUCACCCAUGUUCAUGGAGAAGGUCUCUCUCGAGCCCUCCAUGAUGUACAACGUCACAGAGCUCAACACGGUCAUGUCCACAGAUGACGGAGAGUCCACAUUUGGGAAAAUGUCCUACCUGCAGCCCAUGGACACACGGCAGUACUUGUACUGCCUGAAGCCAAAGCCGGAGUACGCCGAGAAGGCCGGCAUCAUCAAGGGUGUGACGGUGAUAGGCAAGCUUGACAUCGUAUGGAAAACUAAUCUCGGGGAGAGAGGGAGGCUACAGACCAGUCAGCUGCAAAGAAUGGCUCCGGGCUAUGGAGACAUCAGGCUGUCCUUGGAGCUGAUUCCUGACACUGUCAACCUUGAAGAACCUUUUGACAUUAUCUGUAAAAUCACCAACUGCAGUGAAAGAACCAUGGACCUGGUGCUGGAGAUGUGUAACACCAGGUCGAUCCACUGGUGUGGCAUAUCAGGAAGACAGCUGGGGAAGCUGAGUCCAGGUGCCUUCCUCUCUCUGCCCCUCACGCUCUUCUCAUCUAUCCAGGGUCUGCAGAGCAUUUCUGGACUGAGACUCACAGACACGUUUCUGAAGAGGACGUACGAAUAUGACGACAUUGCACAAGUGUGUGUUGUCUGCCCGUACAUGAGCAAUGAGAGCUAGGAAUUUUAUUUACCUUUUUUUUGCAUUUUAGAUAUGAAUGGACCAACAAUGGAAUUAUGCACCUAAUGCUGUGAUUUCACUCUUUUUGCAACCUGAGGGGAUAAUACUGUAUUUUAAAAUGAAUUGUGAAUAUUAUAAAUCACUUCCUUUGAAAAUAACGAUGUAAAUGUGCAUAAAUGUUAAUAAAAUCUCUGCAGUCUUUGAUUA